GGAGCCGUGUCUUCCUACUACGUGCAGCGCUACGGGUUUUCUCCAGGGUGCAAAGUGGUCGCCUUCACCGGCGACAACCCAGCCUCGCUGGCAGGCAUGAAGCUGGAGGAAGGAGACAUCGCGGUCAGCCUGGGCACCAGCGACACCCUGUUCCUGUGGCUCCGCGAGCCCACACCUGCUCUGGAAGGCCACAUCUUCUGCAACCCGGUUGACCCCCGGCACUACAUGGCCCUCUUGUGCUUUAAGAAUGGCUCCCUGAUGAGAGAGAAGAUCCGCGACGAGUCCGCCUCCUGUUCCUGGAGCGAGUUCUCCAGGGCCCUGGGGUCCACGGAGAUGGGGAACGGUGGACAGCUAGGCUUCUAUUUUGAUGUCAUGGAGAUCACCCCGGACGUCAUCGGCCGUUACAGGUUCAAUGCCGAUGGCCGCGAGGUCUCAGCCUUCCCUGGGGACGUGGAGAUCCGAGCUCUGGUCGAAGGACAGUUCAUGGCCAAGAGGAUCCAUGCGGAAGGCCUGGGCUACCGCAUCAUGCCCAAGACAAAGAUUUUGGCCACAGGCGGGGCCUCCCACAACAGAGACCUGCUCCAGGUGCUCGCGGACGUGUUCGGUGCCCCCGUCUACGUCGCGGACACUGCCAACUCGGCCUGUGUGGGCUCUGCGUACCGAGCUUUUCAUGGCCUUGCAGGCGGCACAGACGUGGCCUUUGCAGACGUUGUGAAGCUGGCCCCGAGUCCCAGACUGGCUGCCUCCCCGCACCCCGGGGCCUCUCAGGUGAGACACCGGCCCACGUCACAGCCGUUGCGCUGUGGGAAGCCAAUCCAGGUCUACGAGGCUCUCCUGCCCCGGUACGCCAGCCUGGAGCAGAGGAUCUUGUCCCAGGCACGGUCUGCAGAGUGAGCUCCCCGGGCCCAGGCACCCCGGCCCCGUCUGCUUGGACCCAGGAUCCCACUUGGAGGUGUGGCUCCGGUGGCAGGGCCCCUCGUCCCCGUGCUGUGUGGCUCCGCUUGCCCCUGCGGGUUCCUGGGCCUGCCGCAGCCCUGUCCAGGGCCGCCCGGAGCUGGCCUCGGCGUGUGGUCCUGGAGAUGGACAGCUGCCUGUGCCCGAGCCAGGAGAGCGCCCCUCUUCCCUCUCUUGUCCCAGGGAGAAGAACAGAGUCUGGGGUGGACCCCUGACUUUGGUGCCUCCAGAGGCGGAGUUAGAGCUGAGGGAGGAGCCCCGAUCCCUACUCCCCUGCUGACCCCACCUGACCCCUUCUCUGGCCCUCACCUCGUCCCCACACCCACCUGUGUGACACCUGCUCCGCCCCAGGCCGCCUGACAGUGUGUUCCCGGGACCACCUGGGGCCGCUCCUUCCCGUCCCUCGUGCCCUUUCUCGGGAGCAUGGCCCCAGUGCGGCAGUUCUUGCUUGGCCUGGGCGUCUGUACCCCGCUGAGAAACCUUCUUCCUGCGUCCGUAGGGAUGCUGAGUCCCCGCCCCGCCCCCGCCCCGCCCCGUGUCACUUCACACCGCUCUGUGAUCUGACUCCCGCCGGACGUCCACGUGGGUCUUCUGCCAUGGCCCUCGCGGGACUUGGGACCCCAGGGAAGCCCAGCUCACGGGGUCUCACCCGCAGCGGCCCCGUGCUGUGCGUGGGACCAGGGCCGUCACUUCUCAUGGUGCGGAGCCUGGUGCAUGAUGGGAAGAGAAAGUGAGAUGCUCAACGGAACAGAGAGGAGCACAGACGGAGACAGCGCCCCUGCAACACACAGAGGACGGCACCCCUACACCACCCAGAGGGAGACAGCACCCCUGCAACACACAGAAGGAGACAGUGCCCCUACACCACACAGAGGACAGCGCCCCUACACCACCCAGAGGGAGACAGCGCCCCUACACCACACAGAGGACAGCGCCCCUACACCACCCAGAGGGAGACAGCGCCCCUACAACACACAGAGGACGGCACCCCUACACCACCCAGAGGGAGACAGCGCCCCUACCACACAGAGGACGGCACCCCUACACCACACAGAGGGAGACAGCGCCCCUACCACACAGAGGACAGCACCCCUACACCACAGAGGGAGACAGCACCCCUACAACACAGAGGACAGCGCCCCCUGCCACCACACAGAGGACAGCACCCCUACCACACAGAGGACAGCACCCCUACACACAGAGGGAGACAGCGCCCCUACCACACAGGGAGACAGCGCCCCCUGCCACCACACAGAGGACAGCGCCCCUACACCACACAGAGGACAGCGCCCCCUGCCACCACACAGAGGACAGCGCCCCUACCACAGAGGACAGCACCCCUACCACACAGAGGGAGACAGUGCCCCUACCACACAGAGGGAGACAGCGCCCCCUGCCACCACACAGAGGACAGCGCCCCUACACUACACAGAGGGAGACAGCACCCCUACCAACCACACGGAGGGAGACAGCACCCCUACCAACCACACAGAGGGAGACAGUGCCCCUACACCACACAGAGGACAGCGCCCCUACCACACAGAGGGAGACAGCGCCCCUACCAACCACACGGAGGGAGACAGCACCCCUACCACACAGAGGGAGACAGCGCCCCUACCACACAGAGGGAGACAGCACCCCUACACCACACAGAGGGAGACAGCACCCCUACACCACACAGAGGGAGACAGCGCCCCUACACCACACAGAGGGAGACAGCGCCCCUACCAACCACACAGAGGGAGACAGCGCCCCUACACCACACAGAGGACAGCACCCCUACACCACAGGCGCUCCUUGGUGGGGACGUUUGACGUCACUGACCAACAGGAAGGACUAACAGCAUUCCACACGAGCUUUACGAAACAGGGACCAGCGGUUGUGACGCCGCGGGUGAGCCUCCACCAGCAGUGCCAGCCUCCCCUGUGGGCACCGGUUCGAGUCCCGGCUGCUCCACCUCCAAUCCCGCUCCUGCUAAAGCACCUGGGAAAGCAGUAGAAGAUGGCCCAUGCGCUUGGCUCUUUCUCCCAGGUGGGAGACUCAGAUGGAGUUCCUGGCUCCGGGCUUUGGUGUGGCCAUUGUGGCCUUUUGGGCCGUGAACCCGUGGAUGGGAGAUAUUUCUGUGUCUCCCCCCUCCCUGUAACUGUGCCUUUCAAAUGAAUAAAUAAAAUCUUCAAAGGGGCCGGCA